AUGACGCAGUUAGUGAGGCUUCAAACAAAUACCAUGGAAGACAGUAACAUGGAAGAAGUUGAAGAAGAGGAAGCCAACAAUUUGUCUUCCCCACCAAGAAAAAAGAUAAAGACCAUAUUGUUCGGUUUGGACCCUCCUCAUCACAAAAUCAAAGCUCACGAAGGCGGAUGCAGCCCCAUCUCAUUCCUCAACAAUUCACACGCUUUGGACCCUCAUGUUCACGGUUUUGAAAAUGUGUCUAAACAGGCAGGAGGUAUCCCUUAUCAGCGCCAUGAACCUCUCCUCUCAAACGACGUGGGACAACAUGACACAGGUGAAACGAGUGCUUUAAUCUCAUCCGAAUCAUUGAUCCCCAACUUGGUCCAGCACAAAAUCAAAGCUCACGAAGGCAGAUGCAGCUCCAUCUCAUUUCUCAACAACUCACACACUUUGAUCAGCGGAGGAAAAGACAGCACCAUAAAACUCUGGGACACAAGCAAUGGGACACUAACUCGCACUCUACAAGGCUUCCGAGGCUCAGUCUAUGAUCUUGCCAUCAGCUCAGAUGACACCCUGCUUGUUGCAGCCCUCACGUCGCGAAAUCUGUGUGUUUGGGAUGUGAAUUCUGGUCAGAUUUGUCGAACUCUAGUUUCCAGGCACAGACAAAAGGUUUGUGCUGUGGACAUUGACAAGGUUUGUAGCCGAUACAUAAUCAGUGGUGACAAUGACCAUACUAUAACGUUUUGGGACCUCCAAAAAGACUAUCCUAUAUGUUCAAUGUACAUAAGCAGUCCUUGUAAUGCCAUUUGUUUUACCACGAAUGAAAACAAAUUUUGCUCUGGUCAUUCCGACGGAAGAAUCAGAUUCAGCAACACUGAAAGGUACGUCAUGCUGUGUGACAGAGAAAUCGCGCUUCACACACAACCGGUGACUUCAAUUUGUCCAUUUCGAUGUGGGAACGUUGUGUUGAGCAGUGGAAGAGACAAUUUGCACAAUCUGGUUGAUGUGAGGACAAUGCAAGUUUGUGGGAAGUUUAAGAUUAAGGGCAACAAAGUGGCUUCGAAUUGGAGUCGGAGUUGUGUUAGUCCUGAUGAGAAUUUUGUUGUUGUAGGGUCUGCAGAUGGAUCGAUUUAUGUGUGGUCAUUGAAGAUGGGUAGAAUGGUGAGUACUGUGAAAGAACAUGGUGCUCCUGUUCUUGCUUGUUCAUGGAGUGGCUUGGGAAGGCCUCUAGCCUCUACUGAUGAUGAUGGAACUAUAUGUAUUUGGUCUUGA